CGCUUCGUCGAGGGGACAACAACUUCCAACACAACGCUUUUUUUUUCCCCCCCUUUUUUUUUUUAAAUUUCCCUGUUUUCUCUCUAACGGUGCCUACCGCCGGAAUUGCACAUCCGAUUCUUUUAAGAAACUUUUCAAGACUUUUUCCCCCCCUCUCCCCCCCCAACAAAAAAAAAAAAACCAGUCGUGGCACAAUCCACACUCGCUGUUCCGUCUUUACGAGGAUCCUGGCUGGUCCUACAUGAGAGAGAGGGUGAGACGGCAAACUCCGGGAGAAGACAUGUCUGCAACCAUUUUGUCCACUUUCUACGACAUGGACAUGCUUUACAAGCAUGACAAAAGCAUGAACAUGAACGCGAUCCACAUCAACAGCAUGCUGGACAAGAAAGCGGUCGGGGCCCCGGUGACCUCCACCACCGGCUCCAGCAACUCCUUCGCGCCGGGAUUUUUCCGCAGGAACUCGACCAGCAACACGGAGUCGACGAACAACGGCAACAAGUUCUCCGUCGGCUCCUACAGCAACCUGAAGGAGAGCGGCUGCGGCGGCGGAGGAGGAGGAGGUGGUGGCACGGCGCUCAUGAACAAGGAGAACAAGUUCCGCGAGCGGGCGUACAGCGAGGCCGGGGAGCGCGGGCAGCAGCAGCAGCUGCAGGUCCUGCAGCAGAAGCCGGGCUCCCAGAUCAACUCCACCCGCUACAAGACGGAGCUGUGCCGGCCCUUCGAGGAGAACGGGGCGUGCAAGUACGGCGAGAAGUGUCAGUUCGCGCACGGCUAUCACGAGCUGCGGAGCUUGUCCCGCCACCCUAAGUACAAAACGGAGCCCUGCCGCACCUUCCACACCAUCGGCUUUUGCCCGUACGGGCCGCGGUGUCACUUCAUCCACAACGCCGACGAGCGCCGACCCGCUCCGGCCAACGCCAACGUGCAGGCGGGGGAGCAGCCCAAGACCUCCGGCCGGGAUCUGUACGGUCAGAGGGAGGCGCUGCCGCAGCAGUCUGCGUACAACCAGAGAGACAGACCAAAGCUCCACCACAGCCUGAGCUUCUCCGGGUUUUCCACCCACCACGGACUCGAGUCGCCCCUUCUCGAGAGUCCGACGUCCCGCACCCCGCCGCCGCCCUCCUCGUCCUCGGCCACCUCCUCCUCCUCCUCCUGCUGCUUUUACGAGGAGGUGCUGUCUCCCAGCUCCAUGUCGUGCGUCAACAGUGCCUUCUCUUUCCCCGGGCAGGACCUAAAAGCCUUACUGGCUCCCCUGGCUGUUCACACGCCCGCCGGCUACGCCAACCACUCCAGCAACGGCUCCUACUACGGGAGCAUGCACGGCGGCGGAGGCGGCGGCGGCGGCGGCAUGUGCCCCCCUUCCCCCACCUACAACCUAAGCCACUUGCAGUCGCUGCGCCGCCUGAACGAGUCGCCGGUGUUCGAGCCCCCUCCCAGCCCGCCGGACUCGCUCUCUGACCGGGAGAGCUAUGCGAGCGGGUCCCUCAGCUCUUCCGGAAGUAUCAGCGGCUCCGAGUCUCCGAGUUUGGAUGCUGGAAGACGUUUGCCAAUCUUCAGCAGGCUGUCGAUUUCAGAUGACUGAUCAUCCUUUUUUUUUCAUUUUUUUUUUCAUAUUAUUUACAACGGAUGAAACGUAUCCUUGAUCUGGCAUUAGUUUUUUUUCUUUGUAUGUAAUAUGAUAGCUGUAAAAAAAAAUUUGUAAAAAAAAAAGAGAAAAAAAGUAGAUAGCAACAGAAGCCAUUCCAUCAGUGUCUUUGCCCAAGGGCUACGAUUUCAUGGCAGCCCCAUAUUUCCCCUCUAUCUCUCAGGCGAGGCACACUUUUCCUGGGAUAGAUGUGUAACAUGACUUGACAAGAAGAGACAUUAAGCGGUUUCAGAUUUCCUCCAUCCUGCCAAGAAUAUGCCUUGACAAAAAAAAGUAACACUUGUUUUUUUUUCUUCUUCUUCUUCCUUUUUGUUUAAAAAAAAACACAUUUCUGAAAGCUUCAACUUCCAUUCCAGACUUUUAUUCUGUCUCACAGCGCCACCCAGUGGUUCGUUUGGUUAGUUCUAGUUAGUUGUUGCUUGGUUAAAAGCACUCUUGCGUUCGGUUUGUUUGGGGAAAUCACUGCUGAUGGUUGAAUAUAUAUUUUUUUAGCUGUUUUUGAGUGAUUACAUAGCAGUGUGUAACUGGCUAUGGACUAUUUAACUUAUUUAUUGUGAGAAGUAUAGGCUACAUUGGUAAUUUGUGUCCAUACUGUAUUUAUCAAGUAUGAUGAAGCAAUAGAUCUAUAUUCUUUUAUGUUUAAAUUAUGAUCGCCAUUAUUAAUCUGCAUAAAGUGGAGUGUAUGUUCUUUUCACAGUAAUAUAUAUUGUUUGUUUUUUCUCCUUUUUUUGUUUUUUUUUUUGUUUUUUUUGUAACUUCACUCGGUUAUUUUUAUUGUAAAUGAGUAAAAAAGAUCUUAAUUUAAGAGAACGUAUGUGAUAUUUAUUUCAUUAAUUUUGUUUCCUUGUUUACGUUUUAUUAAAGGUUUGCGUGAUUGCUGUUUGCUCCUGAGGUUGCGUGUCAUGUGCUGUGGAAGGCGUUUUGGAGAAUCCCUAUUUAGAUGUUUUCUGUAGAAUGUAAACAAUGUGGUUGUACAGACCGUCCAAACCUUACUUUUUAUACAUAUGCAUAUAUAUAUAUAUAUUUAUAUAUAUAUAUGUAUGUAUCUUGAUCAGACUUCAGUGACAAAGAACCCAAGUCAACAAAUUAACCAAAAAGUAUUUUUGUUUUUUCUGUUUGCACGAGGUCACACUGUGAUUCCAGCCACGUGCUAAAGAAUGUAGCAACCCCCCCCCCGCCCGCCCCCCCCCUCCCGUGCCCCAGUAUUAUUGUGUAGUGCCUAUGGGGCCCACCAUCCUGAUAUGCCUUAAGAUUAACCAAAUAAAGUAUUUUCCUACAUGGCAUCUUUUUACACAAGUUGAACUGAAUGUAGUGUUGGAUUCUGAAAUUACUUGUUUGAAGGUUGUUACCACUCACAAGAUAUUCUGGCACAACAACCGUAACCUUUUUCUCUUUUCUCUCUUUUUCUUUUUUUUUUGUUUUUCUCUAAGUCCCCAUUCCUCUCUAUACUCUGAUUUUUCUUUUCUUUGUGGUUUUGUUUUUGUUUUUUUCUUUUUUUGGUUGCUUCCUUUCCUUGUUUGUUGUUUUGUUUUUUCGAGAUUGAAUCUAGUCUGAGUGUUGAACUUGCUGGAGGGGGAAGUGGUUGAACAUGUUUUGGUUUGUACAUAGUAGGUACAGGGGAUGCGCACUAUGUACUUUUGACUACUUUAUCAGAAGUAAAAGCUUUUUUUGAAUGUAACAAAAACGGACAAAAAGACGACAUUGAGUUGUAAUAAGUUUUUUUUUUUGUUUGUUUUUUGGGGAGUCGGUUCACUACAAUUGAGUGUGAGACUGUUAACUUUGUACUGUAUAUUUUUUUGUAGUUCUCCCAAUAAAAAUCAUUUUGAAAGAGUU